CCCAUCCCCGGGCAGACCACAACACACCAUGGAGCCGACAUGGACGCAUCUCUGACCUGCCGGGCUGCAGAGUAGCCCUCUGCACGGCAAACGCCCCUUUGAACUGUAGUGUGUGUGUGUGUGUGUGUGUUAGUUUUAGUGUGUGUGUGUGGUUUUGUAUGGGCUAGGAUGACAGUUUUUUAAUAUUUUUUUUGCAUUAUGUUCUUUUGGAGAAGGAGCUAGCAUGUCUAACGGUUACCGGACUCUGACUCGAGGACAUGCCUUGAUAGUUGCUGUCCUCUAAAAUGGACUUCCCCGAUGAUACGGAGAGGUCGAAGUCGACAGCUGAUUUCUGAUCUAUUACGGACAUGUCAAGCGGUGUCGGUGCUCUGUGACGGUCAUGUCUAACGGUUACCGUACUUUAUCACAGCACCUGAAUGACCUGAAGAAGGAGAACUUCAGCCUCAAGCUCCGCAUCUACUUCCUGGAGGAGAGGAUACAGCAGAAGUACGAGGAGAGCAGCGAAGAUGUCUACCGCACUAACAUCGAGCUGAAGGUGGAAGUAGAGAGCUUGAAGCAGGAGCUCCAGGAGAAACAGGACCUUCUGGACAAAGCACUCACAACAGCAGAGAGCUUAACCAACCACAAUGAAGCAGAGCUACAGAGACGGUGUCAAGAGAGGCAGCAGGAGAUUGACCACAUGCAGCAGGUGCUUGAAACAAAGAUUCAACUCCUGCAGGAGGAGGCCCAGCUUGCACGCAGUGAGGCCGAGCGGAUGGCCUCGCUGGCUGGAUCCCACUCCCACGCUUCCCUGCUCUCCUUAGACACCGCCAUGGAGGAGAUCCCUGAAGAUGAGAGGCCUCCCAGCAUCCUGUCCCCAUCAAACCUCAACAAAGACAGGUUAAUAGAGGAGCUGACUAAAGAGCUUUGCUCCAAAGAGGCCCUCAUCACAGAGCUGUGUGGAGAAAAAACAACACUCACACUCAGGGUGGGAGAGCUGGAGGGACAAGUUCAGGAGCUAUCUUCAUCUCUGCUACAGAAGGACAAGGAUGUGGAGUUCUACCAGGAGGAACUUGGCCAAGAGAGGCUGCGCAUUGAACAGGAGAUGCAGAGCCUCGUCGAGGAGCAGCAGAGUCAACUCAACCAGUAUGAGUGUGCGGCCGGGCAGUGUGUCAGCGAGCUGCAGAAGGCCCAGCUUCAGGUCCAAUCCUUGCAGGCCAAAAUCCACGAGAGCGAGGCCAACAAUAUGAAGCUGCAGGAGAAGCUGAACGAGAUGGAGUGUGAGCUGCGUUCACUCCGCGAGGCUGCUCAGAGCCAGGAAAGAACCAUUCAGGGCCUCUCUGAGUCCAUCAGCACCAAAGACAGCGAGGCCCAGGAGCUGUACCAGCUGAUUGAAGGGCAGAACACCACGCUGUGUAAGCUGCAAGAAUUGGCCCAUCGCAACCAGCUUUCUCAGUGCAAGCCUCCAGUGGGAGUGAGUGAGUCCUUGACACUCGCUCAGCUGCAAGGCGAGCUGGUGGCGGUGCAGAGCUCCCUGUUUUCCCUCGGUCUGGAGCUGGAGUCCAGCCAGAGGAGUCUGAGACAGAGCCAGAGACAAGGAGACGACCUGUUGAGGUUUAAGGACCGGCUCAACUCUGAUCUGCAGGAGGCACUACAGCACAGGGAGGUCACUGAAAAACACAACCAGGACCUGCGCUGUGCCCUUCAGAAAAUCCGCUCUGAGCUUCAGGCUAAAGAAGCAGCUCUGAAGGAGAGCGAAGCAGAGAGACACACUGUGGUGCAGGAAAAAGACAGCAGCAUCACACAGCUCAAACGCUCUCUGCAGGACAAGGAGCAGCAGUUAGAGGAGUACUCAGAGAUGUUGGAAUCAGCCGGAAGCUCCAAACCGAGAGAUGCCCUGCUGGAGAAACUAAGGGAGCGUAUUAAAGAUCGAGACAGAGCCCUGGAGCGCUCCAUUGAUGACAAGUUCCGCUGUCUGGAGGAUCGUGAGGGCCAGGUGAGGAGGCUGCAGCUGGCGCUGAGGGAAAAGGAGCGAGACCUGGAGAGACUCCGCUGCAUCCUGUCCAACAACGAGGAGACCAUCACGAGCCUGGAUGCUUUGGGCCGAGGCAAAGAGCUGGAGCUGGAGCAGGCAGCAGAGGCCUACAGGAACCUCCAGUGGCUGAAGCAGCAGAGUGAGGAGAAGGAGAGAAGCACUCUGAGAGAGAAAGACGCCAUCAUUAACCAGCUCCAGGCAGCUCUGCAGACACGCAGCCAGGAGACACAGGACCUGACAGCCGCCCUUGUUGCCAGAGUUCAGGCCAGUCCAUCUGAGGUCGUGGAGGAGCUGAAGGCUCGACUGGCUCUCAAAGAGAAGCUCUUCCAGGAGCUGUUGUCGGACCGCAGCCGCCAGUCUAGUGAACACCAAGCACAGAUCCACGAUCUGCUCAACACGCUCACCUCCAAAGAUCAGUAUCUGCAGGAUUACUCCUACAGGCUUUCCUUAGUAAUUAGUGAGCGGACAGGACAGCUGCAGGAGCUCCGCAGACAGCUGUCACUGAAAGAGCAGGAACUGAGUGACCUGAGACGAGACAAGGAGAGAGAGACGGAAGGAGAGGCCGAGAACCUGCGAAGCCUGCUCAAAGAGAAAGAAGCGUUUAUCAAGGAGCUGAUGCAGGCCCAAGAAGAGGCCAUGCAGCCGCUUUCAAAGGAGGAUGAGGCAGAGAUGAAGGCUCUGAAGGAGGAGAUGCAGCUGGUCCUUAAGAAAGAGAUAGAGGCUCAGAAGGAGAUCUCUGCUCUGCGUUUAUCUUUAGCUCAGUCGGAGGGAGUUGCCAAAAGCGACAGCACUGAUUACCAAUGUGUGCUGGAGCAGCUGGUGUCAGAGUACAACAAGCUGAAUGAGGCCCUGAGGGCAGAGAAGAGAUUAUACCAAAAUCUCACGCACAUUCACAAGAGUGACAGCAGCUCCGAGAAGAUCCAGGCUCUCCACACUGAGCUAGAUUCGGUUCAGGCACUCCGCGGGCAGCUGGAGGAGGUCCUGGCCAGGACCCGCAACAUGACCGUGGUGUUGGAAAGGGCAGCUAAAAGGCAGCCUGACUUUGGAGAGCUCAGCACAGAGGAGGAGGAAGAGGAGGGAGAUGAUGAAGAUGGCAGCAGUGACGAGUUCACGGACAGCAUAGAGGAGGAUGACGACAACGUGACUGCCAGAAGUUUGACCUCUGUUCAGGCGUCUAUGAAGGCUCGUGGACCUAAUGGUGCGACUGGAGGACUGGGGAGGAGGCUCCUGUCCCAGAGAGUUGAUGUAAAGCAGCUUGAAGAAGCAAAGAAGACACUUGAAGUUGAGCUUGAAGAAGUGAAGUCACAGCUGGAGAGGGAUGGAUACACCUCCGUGGCUCAGAUGAGGAGUGUCCUGCAGAGGCUGCAGCAGGAGAACCAGGCUUUAAAAGAAAAGCAGGAAGAAAACCGGCGAGAAGAGGAAGAAUAUGAAGAGGAGGAGGAGGAGGAAGAAGAGGAGGGUAUUGAGGAAGAAGAUGAGGAAGUGGAAACAUCUCCAAUGCCAGCGGGGAAGCGAGGUCAUCCGUGCGUUAGUCUGAGCGAGGAGUCGGGGAAGAGGCACUGCACGAGGCCGGACUCGCUGGAUCUGGGCACACGAACAACAUCACAUCUUCGCACACACCAGCUUCAGACGGAGGUGGGACCUGCUGGUGCCAGCGCUGAGGUGGGAGCGCUGUGGCAGGAUAUAGAGGAGGGUCUCCGUGAACAGGCGACUCGUCUUCGCUCCGAUCUGGCUCUGAGCCACCAGGAGAACCGAGAGCUGCAGGAGAGGCUGAUGGUGUCGGAGGCCACGGUCCACGCUCAGGCUGAACAGCUGAAGGACUACAGAGACCUGCUCACGGAGACAUCUGUCCAGCAGGCCAGUAAGCAGGUGCAGGUGGAUCUGCAGGAUCUGGGUUAUGAGACUUGUGGCCGCAGCGAGAACGAAGCUGAGAGAGAAGACACCAGCAGCCCAGAGUUUGACGACUUGGAGAUGUGCACCUCACUGUCCCAUCAACAGGACUGUGAGGCCGGUGGUUGGUACGCUGGAAACGGUAACAGAGGUGCUUAUGAAAUGGGGGAUGAGUCAGCUUCUCUCCAGCAUCUGGUCCAGGAUCUCCGCUCACAGCUGACCCGCUGCCACAAAGUGAUCCGUGGACUGCAGCUACGCGUCCGCUCUUUGUCCACCACCAGCGACUACGCUUCCAGCCUGGAGCGCACGCCACGCAAGGUAAACUGGGCGUUUGAGAGAUCACCAGCUGCCAGUGGUGUGGAGGAGGAUGAAGGUUGGAUGUCUGACAGCCAAGGGAUUCGCUCAGGGUCUAAGCCUAGCAGGGAGCUGAAAGAACUGAUGGAACGAGUUGCGUCACUGGAGGCUCAGUUGAAGAGCACCAGGCUGGAGGGCAAAGGCCAAGCCGAAGAGGGGAAAUGUGCCACCUGGCCCGGGAAGUACAACACUCUGAUCCAGGCACAAGCUCGUGAGCUGUCCCACCUGAGGCAGAGGAUGAGAGAGGGCCAAGGAGUCUGUCACAUCCUGACCCAACACCUGGGCGAUACCACCAAGGCUUUCGAGGAGCUUCUGCGGGCCAAUGAUAUCGAUUACUACAUGGGGCAGAGCUUCAGAGAACAGCUGGCACAGAGCACCGCCCUGGCACAGAGAGUCGUCACCAAGAUUAGCGGCCGAGAACGUGCCCAGAGCCACGAUGACAAGACAGGCCAUGAGCUGCUUGCCUUAAGGUUGAGUAAGGAGCUGCAGCAGAAAGAUAAAAUCAUCGAGUCGCUCCACACAAAGCUUCAGCAGCGUCCUGAGACCCCGUCCAGCUGCCACGCCCUCUCUGAGACUACCGACCAAUCAGACAGGACCUCGCUGGUGUCUGACGAGUACCAGACCAAUGAGGACUUGGAGCUGUGCUCGGACUUAGAUGCCAGAGAAUAUCACGAGGAGCACCGGCUGCGGCAGACUGGACUUGGAUCAGAACCAGAUGUCCGUCCAUUUAUCCCUCCUCCUCCUCCUCAUCAUCGCUUCCUCAAGUCUUCCAGCAGUUGUCCCAACAUGCUUUGCUCAGCCACUGUGUCUCUGACCAGUCAGUCCUCCAGAGCCCUUCUCAGUGCACCUGUCUCCUCCCUCUCUAUCCCCUCUGGCCCUGACGUCUGGGGUUAUGAAGUCACUUCUGACCCCCGGCCCAGGGCCCUGUCUGUGAUCGCUGUUCGCCCAGAGCUGGACACGCUAUACAAACAGAUGAAUGAGCAGAACAGGGGCUUCACGGUCCCACAUGACAAGGCACUGUUCACUGUCUCACCUGGUGCCCACAACCAGCAUGACCUCUCAAGCUACAGCCAGCUAUCCCAUCAUGCCUUUCAACAAUACCAGCUGGGUGGCAUCCCUGAAGGCCACUCAUUGCAGUCUGACUCAGGUCUGGUGACAGGAGGGCCUCUGUGGGACGUGGAAAACUUGGUUCAGCCGGUCGGAGGCUAUUCUGGAUCAUCUGGGCAUCAACCAGGAAGCAGCCAAGCAGGGGUGAAUUUGAUAGAGGAGCACCUACGUGAGGUGAGGUGUCUCCGUCAGCGAUUGGAGGAGUCCAUUAGGACCAACGAGAGGCUCCGACAGCAGCUGGAAGAGAAACUGGCCACCACUGGGCGUGACGGAGGGGCACCAACAAACAUCUAUAUCCAGGGAUUGGACACAGUCACCCAGCUGUCCAAUGAGAUCAGAGUCCUGAAAGAGGAAAACCUGGGUCUACAGUCACGACUGCAGGCCAGCACAGUGUCUCCGUUUCCUUUAGACACAAACGAGGAGGUGGUGCAGCUGCGGGAGGCCGUCUUCGCAGCACGGGCCCGACUGAAGCAAUCAGAGCUGGAGGCUGAGCAGUGGAAGGAGGAGCUCAGACGACUCCAGGCUCACAGUCAGGAACAGGGACAGCAGAUUCACACGCUGAGGCAGGAGCGGCAGGCUGGUCAGGAGAAAAUCAACAGGCUCCAGCAUGAGGUGUCUCUGCUGCAGCAGCAGCUGUGUGAGAGCAGAGAACUCAUCCACUCUCUGCAGAGCGAGCUGCAUGUUUAUGAUCGAGUGUGUUCCAGCACAAAGGCCAACAAAGGGUAUCUGUGCGAGGUCCCAGGUCUGCCAGUGGAGCUGGGCGAGCUGCUGGGGGAGGUGAGGAGUCUGCGGGCCCAGCUGCAGAACAGCGUCCAGGAGAACAGUGCCCUCAAACAGCUGGAGCUCCACAAACAGCUGGAACAGAAGCUGGGUGUCGGGUCGCCUCGGACACCGUCUCUCUCUGCCCUCACUGCCAGUCCUCAGAGAGAAAACUUCUACAGGCGACAGCUGCUUCAUGACCCAGCUCCGUCUCCACCCGUCAGGGACAUUGGUCUGUUUAACUGUGGAUCUCCUGGUCCUCCCUACUCAGAUCUGGAUGACAGCCAUAGCACUGCCAAUGCAGACCCUCUUGACCCGCACUCUGAACUGGAGGGAGAGGCCCCUGACGGAUCCUUUGCGAACCGUAAUGGUCGCCACGCCAUCGGUCACGUGGACGAUUUCAGUGCCCUGCAGCAGCAGGUCCUGGAGGGCCGGAGUCUUGUCCAGCGCAUGGAGGCGACCCUGCAGGCCUGCCUCGGCCCACCACUGCUGGAGGACAGCCAGAAGCAGAGCAGCGAACUGGUUCUGGACUAUGCAUGUGUGAAGAGUCUCGUGUCCAACACCAAGACUCUGAGGCAGAUCCUGGAGGAGGCGAUGUCUCUGCUGAAGAUGUUCUGGAGAGCAGCUCUUCCCAACACUGAUCCAUCCAUCCAAAACCUUAAGAAGGAGCAGUGUAUGCAGGAGGAGAUCUUGUCCCUGAAGCUGCGUAUAUCUGAGCAGGAAGAGGUUCUUAAAGGAACGAUACAAAGACUGAGGAGCACCAGCCGCACCAAGGAGAGCAUGGAGCACUUCAUAGUCAACCAGCUGUCAAGGACUCGUGAUGUGCUGAAAAAAGCAAGGACAAACUUGGAGAAGAACGAGCUGAGACUUUCCUCUCUAAGCUCCUCCUCUUCCUCUCCUUAUGCUGCUGAGGACCCCGGAGGUGCUGCAAGAGAGCGGCCUGCUGAUCACGGUUUCCUGAAGACCAGCGGUGCUUCUGGAGCCGCCGGAGCUGCAGCCAAUCAGCGCCCAGCGGCGAGGAAGCGCAGCAGCCAAUGCCUGCUUUAGACUUUUAAAGAACCAGCCUCAACGCUACCACCUCUGACCUCUAUGCUGAAACAGCCAAGACUUACCCCUCCCACCGCCCUCCGUCCCGCCCCUCGCACCAGCCUGCCCCUCCUUCCCCGUCCAACCCCCCCCAAGCUUCGCCUGUACCUCCGUCUAGCUACGAGAGUACUACCAUCCUUCCCUCCUUCGGGCAAUAUGUGCACAGUAUAAUCUGUACCUUGAGCCUUACCGAACUCCCCUCACCUGUGUGUGACUCUCUCUGCCCUGCCCCCACCACCACCUGUGUUAUUGUCUUUGAGUGAUACGGUCAGCAGUUUGCCUUGUCGUGUGUGUGACAGACGAAGGUGUUCGAAAUGUGCCUCCGGUGGUUUCAGUGAUGAGCGUCCUACUGAUGGAACUGGUUGAAGAUGCCCUUAGACACUGAUCUCAGACUUGGGGGGGUUUAUUAAAGAAACCGUUCGGUUGCAUUUUUAGAACAUUUCAACACCCUUUGAGACUUAAGACAUUUUAAAAAUUCCACCAAAGUUUCUAUAGUACACCCCCUCGUCUGCAUCUAAGGGCAUCCUCUCCUGAGAACCAGGCAGCCUGCGGACGGUAGAAGAUGUUCGUGCAUGUUUAAAAUGGUAUGUGAAAGGAAUUCUGCACACACGUACGCACACAUAUGAUUUCUGUCUUACGUGUGCGUGUGAUCGAGCACAGCUCACUCAAAGACAGCCUCAACUUUGACUGCCACAGAAAUGCAAGUUUACUUUUCGUGGCCCUUUUAUUAACGAGGACAUCUUUUUUUUUUGCAAAUGCAAUGCAAAGAAAAACGACACCUACCAACAAUUACACACGGUGGAGGAAUGUACAGUAGGUAGGUGAUCACCGCUAAGUAGUCGUGCACUAGCUGUAUCUGUAUUUGUGGAGGGAAGCGUUUGAAUGAGCCAUUAGCCAAGGGUUAUAAAUAGCAGAAGAAGAAGAAAAAAAAAGCCACAGAAAGGUUCCAUUACAGUCACAAGCCUCCUCGUUUAGGUCCCAAAGGAUGCUUAAUUGGCAUCAAACUCCAAACCUAAAAUAUACGAAAGACGUGGGAGCUGGGUCUAUCGGUCUGGUCGAUUUUGAUUUCCAAGCUGGAUGUUCACAAAAAGAAAAAAACAAAAAAAGAGGUUCAAGUACUCAAAUGGAACCAGGCUAAACACGCGUAUUCACUCCUCUGUAGGAGUUCUCAUACGAGCAUGUGCAAUAAUGAUGUUUCUCGAAUGCUGCACCGGGUUGUUGUUUCUUUGCCUGACACUGGAUUAAUACUCACACUCACACUAAAGUUAGGACACGACCAGUGCUGCAAUUGUACUGUUUUGUUUUGUUUUUUCUUGAGUGUUGAUGCAUGACAGAGAUUGUAAAAUGGUAAAAAUCUAAGCUAUGGAACACAGGAGUGCCGAUACUUGCCAAAGUUUGAACUUUGAACUCUCUGACUUGCCUUAUCCAUGCGAAUGACAAAAAACCCGGGUCGGAUCGGACCACGGGGGUUACCUUGGUGUCUUUUUUUUUUUUGAAGGGCCUCUAGAACCACAGAGACGGUAACCGUUAGACAGCUGGUUCAGUUUAUUUAGAGUUGUGCGACAGAAAUUAGCUCCUUUUUUGGACCAAAACUCAGCAAAGUGGAUUUUUUCCCACAGUGCCAUAUGCUAGUGUCUUUUUGUUAUUUCUCUUGGUUCAGGCCAUCUUAGCAUUCCCAUGGCAACGGCAAUAUGGAUUAUUAAGUUCUUACAGAUGAAACAAACUUUGGCAGGUUGCUGGUUGGGUUAUUGUUCCAUAAUUCACUCAUUUAGAGCAGUUCAAUCUUACAGUUAGUGUGUGUGUGUGUGUGUGUUUUCUUGCUGUACAUUUGCCAUUUUUUGCUGUAAAUAACCUGCUUUUCGGUAUGAACUUCACUUGUGAGUGUGUGUGUGUGUGUGUGUGUGUGUGCGUACAUCCAACAUUUGCUUUUUGCAAAGUUGAUUAUCUGGGUAGCUGUGCAAUAGCUUGAUAUCUUUUAUUUUGAUGUUAAACAUCAUUGUAUUACGAGUCCGUUUGCUGCAUUCACGUCCUGCUGUGUAUGAUUUAUAUGCAGUGUAUGUCACAUUGAAUCAAUUAGUCACAUAGACCGUGUCCCAUAAGUAACCACGAACUAUGCCUUCAUCAUAUUUAAGACACUGAUCACAUCGUCCACCUAUAACAAAGCUCUGAUUAGUAUUUGCUUCGCUUGCCUUUAAAUUUAGCUCGGGAGCCUCUUCGCUGGGCUCUCGGUGGUAGAAAUGGCCUUGAACAAGCGUCUACCUGAGUUCUGCCAAAUUAGGUUUUGUUUGCGCUUGAGUCUUUAGACAAAGACGAAAGUUGCCAAGUAUUUCGAUAAGAGUAAAAAAAAAAGUUAAAAGGGAAAAUUUUUGAGGAAAUUGUGUACUAUAGACAAAAAAAAAAAAACCAAGCCAGUGACUGGAAAGAUUGUGAAAUGUUUAAUUCACAGAGCACCUUGUUAGAGCGUAAACAAAGCCUUUUUGCUAUUUGUAUUUAAGAAGGGAAAUCGGAACGUGGGUUUGAAACGAUGUAUUGUUAACUCGCAUAUGUAUAUAGUGCUAUCAGAUUGGUGCAGCUUUUUUUCUGAGUUUGUGCAUAAUGAACUAGAAAGCCGAUGCAGGACUCGUACGGAUCCUGUCUCUGAUGACAGUUAACGGUGUGUUGUGUUGGCAAAAGUAUUAUCACUGAAGGAUUUUGAGAAUGAAUUAUUAAAACACUUAAAAUGA